AUGACUGCGACGGCUGGCCAUUCUGCUCAAGACACAUUCGCAAGCGAUCCCUUCGAUCCCGAUGGUCCGAUAUUUCAAAACAGCCCUCCGAUGAAAGCGUACCGUCCGAGGCUAGAACCAUCCCUUUCUCCGACGCCGGCUUUACCGUUUUCCAAAGUCAGUUCACCUCCCAGUUCUGGUCGCAAAGCUUCUAACAAGAAGAAAAAGGUGCAACCUAGUCAAGGAGAUGGCGUGUUAGUGCAUUAUCUUGACGGAGGAAGGCAGCCCGAAUUAGCUCUAAGGGCAGCGGAAGAGCCAUUAGACGGAGGGCUCAUAGAGGAGGAAGAGGAUGACAUAUAUGACGAGGAAGACGACGAAAGCCACGGUAGUUCCAUGUCAGGCUAUAUUGGCAGCCCGAAGAUGUCUCCUGGCCCGAGGCCGGCCAACGGGUCUGUUGAUCUCAAGUCGCUAGCUGGACUCGCCAACGAUGCUCUUCUCGCUCUACAACCGUCUAGUGCAGAGGCAGUGCCCAGGGUCACGGAAGCGCAAGAUGCGAGGUUACAAGGAGACAAUAUGUUAUCACCGGAAGGCACAAGGUCAGAGGUGCAACAAGUACAGGCGCAACCGCCGCCUCCUCAGCCACCACCACAACCUACACAAUUGCAACCGUUACAACCUUGGGAUGUACCAUCGAAACCAGGAUUAGCGAUGCCAAUGACGCCUCACACACCAAACGGACCGGAGUUAUACUCACCCCGGCUACCUUCAGGAAGUGGUCUGAGAGCUCCCGAUAUCAUGUCGCCGAUCCCACCGACGAAUAGCCAUGGUGAACUACCUCCGAUCAUGAUAUCUCCCAAGUCAGAGACGAAUGGCCAUACAUCGCUACCUUCGUUACCCUCAAUUGGAUUGCUUACAGAACAGCACCCUACAGAGAAGGAUGUCAGUUGGCGACUACCUUUGUAUCCCCGCUCGCCACCAGGAACAGGAGUUCCCCGUAUGUCGAUAGCUUCAGGGGUUAUAUCACCAACGUCACCAAAUCACCCUUUUGCCCAUAGCAUGCCGUCUCCUGCACAGUCUGCAUACAGCCAGUCUUACUGUUCCUAUUCGAAUAGUAGCGGCUAUACCCCACGGCAUCCUUCGGAUUUCAGUAGUACUGCCAGUCAUCAUGCGCAAUCACCUCUGGGUAUUGAGCAGAACCCGACACCUAUCAGCAAUGACCCAAGGGACCGUAUGAGUAUUGACCACGUGACAAACUCACAAAUUGGGCAGUUCAUCUGCAAGUUCGCUGGUUGCAGUGCCGCUCCGUUUCAGACACAGUAUCUACUCAACUCGCACGCGAAUGUCCAUUCGUCAGCACGGCCGCAUUAUUGUUCUGUAAAAGGGUGUCCUCGUGCUGAAGGUGGCAAAGGGUUCAAGCGAAAGAACGAGAUGAUUAGGCACGGCUUAGUCCAUGAAUCGCCUGGCUAUGUGUGCCCAUUCUGUCCGGAUCGCGAGCACAAAUAUCCACGACCAGACAACUUGCAAAGACAUGUCAGGGUUCACCAUGUCGACAAGGACAAGGACGACCCCCAGCUCCGAGAGGUCCUGGCACAGAGACCAGAUGGACCCAGUCGAGGACGCAGGCGUCGAGGGGUAUCCUAG